CUCAACUUCUCUUAUUUUCCAUUACGAGAGGGUCAACACAUUUGUUUUAGUGGACAUUUCCACUACAACAAUUUGCGACAUGAAUUCUGUUCCUGUGAUGACUGUAAAACCAUCGAGAGCCCUCUUUGAUGAGAAGUUCCAUGUGGUUGUGGGGAACUUACCACCGACACAGGAGGUCACACUACAUUCUUUACAUCAGUCUGAAGACACAGACUACUGGGAGGCGUUUGGGCACUAUGUCAGUGAUGCUCAGGGAAGGGUCACAGUUGCCAAGGCUCCAAGUGUAGGAGGGACAUAUGAGGGUGUUGAGCCAAUGGGUCUGUUGUGGAGCAUGAGACCAGUACCUGGCAGUAGAACUGGACUCAGGUUGAGGAAGAAGGAGCUCCACACUCCCAUGGUGGUGCACAUCUCUGUGUACAGGGGACACAUGAGUCAGGGGUUCAGGGAGCAGGCGGCCCUGGCGAGUGUCGUCACAGAGCGCUGGUACAUGGCCCCCGGAGUCCGCAGGGUCGACAUCACAGAGGGAGGGGUCACAGGGACCCUGUUCCUGCCACCAGGUCCCGGACCCUUCCCCGGAGUUUUAGACAUGUGGGGAGGUGGUGGCGGGCUGGUGGAAUAUCGAGCGGCUCUCUUGGCAUCCCACGGCUUUGCUGCCAUGGCAGUAAUGUAUCUCUUCCCAGACCAUAAGAAAAACGCUACCAUUGGCUACCCUUACUUUGAGAAUGCUUUCAGACUACUGCAGGAUCAUCCUCUAGUGGCCGCUGACAGAAGUGCUCUGCUUGGCAUUUCCUUUGGCGUCCCAGUGGUUCUAUCCAUAACUGCCUACUCAGAAACUGUAAAGCCAAGAUGUUGUGUGUGCAUCAGUGGCACCCAUACUGGCCGAAUUGGAGCCACUCAGUCCAUUGCAGAAGCCACUAAUAGGAUAGAAAACCGGUACAAAAAGGCCUGUCGAGAUGAGAAGAAUCGCCUCAUCUGGAGGGACGUUUUUCUACCCAUUCCAGAAGAUAUAGACCUGAAAGUGGAAAUGGGGAGGAUAACAUGUCCUCUGCUGCUGGUUGUUGGACAAGAUGAUCAGAAUAACGCCGCUGUCGAAUCAGCUGAUGAUAUGAAGCAGAUGAUGGAGAGAGCAGGGAACAGUCACCUGCUGACCACUCUGUCCUACCCUGGAGCUGGUCACCUGAUUGAAACGCCGUAUGGGCCCCAUUGCAAGGUUUCAUCCUUUCUAAUGCCGAAAAGCAACGAGAGAGUGGUCAUGCUGUGGGGAGGCCUCACCAAACCUCACGCCGUAGCACAGGAAGACUCAUGGGAGAAGAUACUACGUUUUCUGCGAGAGCAUCUCUAUCACAGUGUCAAACCCCAUGUGCAGUCCAGAUUGUGAGCAUUGUUUUACGUCAGGUGGCGUCACUCCUACGCAUGGGAGAAGGUUUUCUCUGAGAGCAUCUCUUCCAGAGCGUUGAACCACAGUCUGGAUUUUGAGGUCAUCAACAUAGAACAAAAAUAUGCUGAAUUGAUAUUAAGAUAGAAACUGCCCAGAUGCAGUGGAAGUGUACAUCAGCAUCAACCGCCACAUCGAAUCAUGAUACCAAUUAAAAAUGUCUUUAAAAUUAUGGGUUAUACAAACAGAUCUCAACUUAGGUUUUAGUCCUUUAUGUACAACUCAUGUCACUGAAUUCAAAAGUGGACUUUAAAUAAAACAUCUACUGUUACCGUACUUAUUAAGAAUUAUUAAAUGAAUUAAUUAAUUCCUGAUUUCAAAUAUGCUUAUGGACACCAUGUUAUUAAAUGUG